CACCUCUCUUUCCAGUCUGCUUUCAAAUCUCUUACUCUGUCAUAAUGGCGGACGACGAAGAAGGCCCCACUGGACCCCUCCCCUUCGAAGACACCUCCCAGCCCGCCGAAACGGCUCUGGUGCCCGCCGCAGACGGUACUGUUCAGAAGGUGAAAAAGACCAAGAUCAUCAAGCGCAAGAGAAGACCUGCGCGACCGCAACAAGACCCUUCCACCUUCAAGACCGAACCGCCACCCCAGACGGGUACAAUCUUCAACAUAUGGUACAACAAGUGGUCUGGCGGCGACCGCGAAGACGCACUGUCCAGCAAACACCAGGCCAAAGGGCGAUGCAACGUCGCUCUCGACAGUGGCUACACCCGCGCCGACCGAGUCGCCGGCUCCUACUUCUGCCUGUUCUUCGCGCGAGGCCUGUGCCCACGCGGCGUCGACUGCGAAUACCUCCACCGUCUGCCGAACAGUCGCAUAGGAAAAGACGGCGAGGGUGGGCUGGGCGAUAUCUUUCCCAGCAACGUGGACUGCUUUGGACGUGACAAGUUCAGCGACUACCGAGACGACAUGGGCGGUGUUGGGUCUUUCAUGCGAGUGAACAGGACGCUCUACAUUGGUCGCAUACACGUCACGGAUGAUAUCGAGGAAGUGGUGGCGCGACAUUUUCAAGAGUGGGGUCAGGUUGAGAGGGUUCGAGUUCUUCCCUCUCGCGGCGUGGCUUUCGUGACCUAUACCCAUCUUGCGAAUUCGGAGUUCGCGAAAGAAGCUAUGGCUCACCAGUCGCUGGAUCAUAACGAGACCCUCAACGUGCGAUGGGCCACAGUCGACCCGAAUCCUGCCGCGCAGAAGCGAGAGGCGCGAAGAGUGGAGGAGCAGGCGGCCGAAGCGAUCAGGAGAGCACUCCCGGCCAGCUACGUGGCUGAACUUGAAGGAAGGAGAUAUGAAGGCGCUGAUCCGGAAGAGGAGAGGAAGAGAAGGAAGAUUGAGGGCUCGUUCGGGCUGAGAGGAUAUGAUGCGCCGGAUGACGUUUGGUAUGCUUCGGAGAAGGCCCGGCUCGAGGGGGCAGAGGAGCGAAAGAUGCUGCCACCUGCGACUGGAGAAGAUGGCGAGGCUGACGAAGACGACGCACCACUGCGGGUGGAUGACUUCAAGCAACCGACCCAGCAAGCGGCAGGAGGCAUUUUGGGAGCGUCGACUUUGGCGGCGUUGCAAGGUUUCAAAGCUGGGCCGUCGGGAGUGGGAGAGGCAAAGGCACCUGACAAGCUUGGCGGAGCAUUGGUUGGUUAUGGAAGCGACAGCGACGAUGAUUGAGUAGUAGCGUACAGAUCGAAGAUCAAGAUCUCGCCUGGCGAUGGCUUCUGUCCACGAGGCGCGGCGCCGCGCUCCGAAUUCGCUGCCGGCACUUCAUCCAUCAACCCCACUUCGUCAUCGGCAACCACUUUACAUUCCUGA